AUGCCAACACCGGCAUUUGUGCCAGGGCCAGGACGGAUGAUACAACUCCCCGAAAACGGCUACGAAACUCCUCGAACACCCAAAUGCGGCGAGGGAUCAUACUUUCUUGGUCCUGAUGGCAGAGCUGGGGGCAAGGACACAGAGGCAAAAUGUGCUGGCUAUACUGACAGUCGCACUCACAUAAAAACGGAGCGAGAGAGCCCACGGCAUCAAGCACAUCCGGAUUGCGGUGAUAAGGCGGAUCCGCAGCAGGACCAUGAUGAAGAGCCAAAGCUGAAGAAGUUUGGUAUCCGUGACCGUAUUGGCUGCUACACCUGGACGUGGUUCACCAUGACAAUGGCUACGGGAGGGGUUGCGAAUGUCCUCCAUACAAUACCAUAUCAACCUGCGUGGCUGGGGGUUGUUGGUGUAAUAUUCUUUGUAUUUAAUCUUAUACUUUUUAUAAUCAAUUGCGUCCUCAUUACGUUGAGAUUCAGGUGGAACCCUGGGUCAUUUAAAACUUCUUUCACAAGCCAAUCCGAAUCCUUGUUUAUUCCAGCUUGCGUCGUUUCAGUUGGAACGAUUCUGAUCAAUGUGGCUCAAUAUGGGAUUCCAAAUACUGGCGAUUGGCUUCAGACAGUCAUGCAGGUCUGCUACUGGGCCUUUGCUUCCGUGAGCUUCAUCUCAAGUUCGGGCAUGUACCUGAUUAUCUGGUCGACUCAGACGUUUCCAAUCCACACAAUGACACCGAUAUGGAUUUUCCCCGCAUACCCCCUCCUUUUACUUGCACCGUUCGCUGCGAAUCUUAUUCAGUCUUUACCCGAUGCUGCUGCAGCUGCUCGCAUAAAUUCUGUUACCAUAGCCCUUGGAGCGGUUGCUAUCCAAGGUACGGGAUUCCUUUUUGUUUCUGUCGGUCCAAGUGGCUUUACAGUCGCUGGAUUAGUCCUUCUCGGUAGCCAGCUGAGUUCGAAGAUCAUGCCAAACGGGUACAUGGGAAACACCGACGCGCCGAUACUCUUGAAACUCUUAUCCGAGGUCGUAGGGCUCUGGAUUUGGGGCCUAUGUCUAUGGUUUUUUAUUGUUAGCGUCGGUGCUCACUGGCGAAUCUUGCUACCUAACGACUCUAAAACAAUCCGCUUCGAUAUGACUUGGUUCUCGUUUGUCUUCCCAAAUACAGCCCUGGUUACUGCGACUCUUGCGAUCGAUACUCGGGACUGUCUGGGCUGUUUUGCUCGUUGUCCUUUGGGCGUUCAUCUUUGCGACGAUGAUUCGCGCUUUGCUCCUGAAGCGGUUACUAUGGCCCGGGCAAAUGGAUGGGAGCGAGAUCUCGAUGAGGAAAUGGAUUCGCAAGCUUGA